AUGUUUACUAAAUUCAUUUUUCUUUUAACUAUUACAAUUUUUGCUGUAAAGGCAAUUGAUUCAAAUGAAGAUUCACUAUCAUCACUUGAUGAAGAUGCAGAAAAAUGGACAGAAUUACAAAAUCAUUAUAUUACUCAAUCUCCAUAUGAAUCUGUUCGUGGAGACAGAAGAACAAGAUGCCGUAUGAUACAUGAAUGCUGUCCAGAAGAACGUAAACACUUAUUUAAAAUUCUAAGUGAAGGAGAUAUUCAAAAAACAUGUACUGGCACUGCAGGCUCAAGUUUAUAUGAAUCUCAUUCACCAAAAUGUCGAAGUUUAAUUCAACAUUUAAGUGACAUUCGAAAAAGUACUGAAUAUGCUCAGCUUAUGGAAGCUUAUACUGGUAUACAAGUUGUUAAUGCUCGAUUUCAAGUUCAUCGAACCAAAAUGGCGUCAGUAUGUUCAACUGCUGAAUUAUCGGCUUUUUAUUGUGAACCAGAAAAUAUGACAUUAUUUAAAUCGUGUGCAAAAAAAGUCUUACGUUUGGUUGAUCGUGAAAAUGGUGGAAGAGGUUACGAUAAAUUUUUUCGUCUUUUAAAAGAUGAUUAUAAAAAUAUAAAUGAAAGAAUUGCUAUUAAAUUUCCUUACUUAAGUUAA